UGACCAUGCGCCAGCGUGACGGUACUGCGCAUGGAAGGAGUGGAAUGUUAUUAUGAGAGCGGUGCUGUCGGAGUUUAAACCCUUAGACUGUUUAUCGUGUUUUAGAAAUGUAUGUUUACACCAACUAAACUAUUAAAGCAGAGCAAAGAUUUUAGAGGUGCUUCACAAUGUUUCGGCAAAGUAAAACAUUCCUAUCUAAACUUAGGUGCCUAAGUGUUUUGCAGAGACCAAAAAGUAUCUCUGCCGCUGAACGAGCUCUGCAGUAUGUGGUUGGUCAGAAGAUCCAUGGCUUUACUGUUCGGGAGGUAACGCCAGUGCCAGACCUGUUCCUGACUGCAGUUAAACUUGAUCAUGAUGUCACAGGAGCUCAAUAUCUGCAUGCAGCCAGAGAUGACUCCAACAACCUCUUCAGUGUGCAAUUCCGUACCACGCCCAUGGACAACACAGGUGUUCCCCACAUUCUAGAACACACAGUUCUUUGUGGCUCUCAGCGCUUCCCCUGCAGAGAUCCCUUCUUUAAAAUGCUGAAUCGCUCUCUCUCCACUUUUAUGAAUGCCUUCACAGCUAGUGACUACACAAUGUACCCAUUCUCCACUCAGAAUGCCAAAGACUUCCAGAACCUUCUGUCUGUCUAUCUGGAUGCUGUCUUCUUCCCUUCCCUUCGAGAACUGGAUUUCUGGCAGGAAGGCUGGCGUUUGGAAAAUGAGAAUCCUACAGACCCUUCGUCUCCCCUGAUGUUUAAAGGGGUGGUGUUCAAUGAGAUGAAAGGAGUUUUUUCGGAUAAUGAGAGAGUAUAUGCACAGCACCUGCAGAAUAAGCUCCUACCUGAUCACACUUACUCUGUGGUGUCAGGAGGAGAACCACUUGCCAUAACUGAUCUCACCUGGGAACAGCUUAAACACUUCCAUGCUACACACUAUCAUCCCAGCAAUGCAAGGUUUUUUACAUAUGGGGAUCUGCCGCUGGAGCAGCAUCUAAAGCAGAUAGAAGAGGAGGCACUGUGCAAGUUUCAGAGAACAGACCCAGACACUGCAGUACCGGCUCAGACACUCUGGGACAAACCGAGAGAAGAUCAUGUGACCUGCAGUCUUGAUCCACUGGCUCCAGACCCAACUAAACAGAACACACUGUGUGUGAGCUAUCUGCUGGGAGACAUCACAGACACGUUUGAGGCAUUCACUCUAAGUCUGCUCUCGUCUCUGAUGAUCUCUGGGCCAAACUCUCCGUUCUACAAAGCGCUGAUUGAACCCAAGAUAGGCACAGACUUCUCUUCUGUAGUGGGAUAUGAUGGCAGCACAAAGCAGGCCUCAUUCAGUGUUGGCCUGCAGGGCAUGGCAGAGGAGAACAUUGAGAAGGUCAAAUGCAUCAUUAGCCAAACCAUUGAUGACAUUAUCGCGACUGGUUUUGAGGAGGAGCGAAUUGAGGCUUUACUGCAUAAGAUUGAGAUUCAGAUGAAACAUCAGUCUACUAGCUUUGGCUUGGCCCUUGCGUCUUACAUUGCAUCCUGCUGGAAUCAUGAUGGAGACCCGGUACAAUUGCUGAAAAUCAGUGAGAAUGUGGCCAGAUUCAGACAGUGCCUGCAAGAGAACCCUCGCUACAUACAGGACAAAGUUCAGCACUACUUUAAGGAGAACACCCAUCAGCUGACUCUGUCCAUGAGUCCAGAUGAGCAGUAUGUGGAGAAACAGAGUAAUGCAGAGCAGGACAAGCUUCAGCAGAAAAUACAGGCCCUCAGCGAUGCUGCCCGCAUAGACAUCUAUGAGAAAGGUUUGCAGUUGCUCUCUGAACAGUGCAAAACUCAGGAUGCUUCCUGCUUACCUGCCCUCAAGGUGUCUGACAUCGAACCCACCAUACCACGAACACCUGUGCAGAUGGGUGCUGCAGGCGGAGUGCCUGUUCAAUACUGUGAGCAGCCAACUAAUGGCAUGGUAUAUUUCAGAGCUAUGUGUAACCUUAACACACUCCCAGAGGACCUGAAGAUCUAUGUGCCACUGUUCUGCAGCGUCAUCACCAAGUUAGGCUGCGGGGAGUUCGAUUAUCGUCAGCAAGCCCAGCAGAUGGAGCUGAAGACUGGUGGCAUGUCUGUGACCCCACAGAUAAUCUCAGACACUGCUGACCUAGACCUGUAUGAACAGGGCAUCCUCCUCACCUCUGCAUGUCUGGAGAGGAACUUACCUGACAUGUUCCAUCUGUGGAGUGACCUGUUCAACAGUCCUCAUUUUGAUGAUGAGGAGAGGCUGAGAGUGUUGGUGAUGAUGUCAGCUCAGGAACUGUCCAAUGGCAUCUCUUAUUCGGGUCACGUGUAUGCAAUGACACGGGCAGCUCGAUCACUUACACCGGCUGCUGAUCUGCAAGAGACCUUUGGUGGAAUGGACCAGGUGAAGUUCAUGAAGAGAAUGGCAGAGAUGACUGAUCUGACAUCCAUUUUAAGGAAGUUGCCUAGAAUAAAAAGACACCUCUUCAACCCGGAUAAUAUGAGGUGUGCAGUGAAUGCUACUCCUCAGAAAAUGGAAGACACUGCAGUAGAGGUGGAGAGGUUUAUGGGUAAUAUAACCUCCCUCAGGAAAGAGCGAAAGCCUGUCAGACCAGUUAUUGUUGAGAGACCAUUGGACCCUCGUGCUCCUUCGGGAUCAGCUGCUAGUCGUAAACUUGUGUCUGAGGCUCGUUUUAAGCCCUGUCAGAUGAAGACGUAUUUUGAGCUUCCAUACCCUGUCAACUUCGUUAGUGAAUGUGUGCGUACAGUCCCUUUCACACAUGAGGAUUACGCCAGUCUGUGUAUUUUAGGUAGGAUGAUGACUGCUAAAUUUCUACAUGGAGAAAUCCGAGAGAAGGGUGGUGCCUAUGGAGGUGGAGCAAGAAUGGGAGGAAAUGGCCUGUUUUCCUUUUACUCAUACAGAGAUCCAAACUGCUCUCAAACACUGGCAGCAUUUCGAAGUGGUGUGGAAUGGGCUAGAGAUGGGAGGUUCACACAGCAAGAUGUGGACGAGGCGAAAUUAUCUGUCUUCUCUGCUGUGGAUGCCCCGAUUGCCCCCUCAGAAAAGGGUCUGGGACUGUUUUUAAAUGGGGUCAGUGAUGAACUGAAACAGGCUCACAGAGAGAGACUCUUUGCUGUAACGCACAAAAACCUUAUAGAUGUGGCUGGCCGCUACCUUGGUAUCGGACAGAGGACGUGUGGAGUGGCAGUUCUAGGUCCCAAAAAUGAAAAUAUCAAGAAGGACCCAUCCUGGAUUGUGAAAUAGCCACUUUUUCUGCUUUGAUACAGGCUUUUAUUUACUGUAUCAUCAAAUCACUCCUGGAUUAUUUAAAAUGGUGUCAUCAGAAUCUUUCGUAUUGCUUUGAAGAUUUCAAAAAACAUUUUUUGCAGUGCACAUCACGUGGAUACAUGUGGGUGGGAGAAAUGGACUUAAAACCCUGGACACAUUUGAAAUACAGCAGAUUUCAGUUUUCUUUCAAUAAAAGGUGCAACAAUUCAUUUUUUUCAGUAAGCAAACUUCCAUCUAUUUCAACUUCACAGGCACAUCUUGACAACUGUCAGUACUGGAGAUCUAAAUGUAAUUCUGAAUACCAAGUUUGGAAUUCCAGUAGGUUCUUCUGACCGUUACACUCAAUACUGGCACUUUUUUUUUUUUUUUUAAACCUAUUCCUGAACAUCUUUCCAGUGUGAGCUACAAACUGCAGCUCUCUCAAUGUUACAGAGCAAAACUGAUUGUGUUUCCAAGUUUUUAUAUUUAUUGUGAACAAACUUUAAACGCACAACGUAGUCUGUAAUGGGUGUGCACCUAAGCCAGUGGUUUAGGUCCCAAUCCAGGAUAAGAAAUGCACUUCUGGGCUGAUAUUCCCAAAGAUUCCUUUAUAUUUGACAUGACUGUCAUGGUGAAAAUGAUUUUAGAUGAGCAGUCCUGCUCCCAGUUUGAUUUGUGAGUACAGCCCAUGAUUUUCCUUUAGCCCUUUACGAGAGGAGGUAAAAGAGUGUCCAGUGGUGAGACUUGUAGUCAUUUUUUUAUAAAAUAAAUAUUGUGUAUGUUGCACAUUGCA